UGGUUACUUUUCGGGACGGUAUCAUUGUCACUCUAGAGACGAGCAGAAACAUGUCUUCUCCAGCACCAGCCGCUGUCCUACCGGCAGCCCCUGCCAAGAAACCCAAGGUGGCCAGGAAGCCAAGGAAGCCGGCAGCUUAUCCACCUGUCGCCAAGAUGGUCGCCGCCGCCAUCGCCGCCUUGAAGGACCGCAAGGGAUCCUCCCUGCAGGCCAUCAAGAAGUACAUCGCCGCCAACUACAAGUUCGACGUGAACAAGCAGGGCCAUGUCAUCAGGCGUGUCAUCAAGACUAUGCUGGCCAAGGGUCUCAUCACUCAGGCUAAGGGCAAGGGCGCAGCCGGCUCCUUCAAGCUUGGGGCUGCCGCCAAGGUGGCUCCCAAGAAGCCCAAGGCCAAGAAGCCUAAGAAGGCGAAGAAGCCCAAGAAGGCGAAGAAACCCAAGGCCAAGAAGGCGGCAAAGAAGCCAAAGGCGAAGAAACCUAAGGCAAAGAAGCCUAAGGCAAAGAAGCCAGCAGCUAAGAAAGCGGCCAAGAAACCAGCAAAGAAGGCGGCAAAGCCAAAGAAGGCAGCCAAGAAGGCUGCCCCCAAGAAGAAGUAAACGCCUUGUUCACACCAACAACCCCCGGCCCUUUUCAGGGCCACCCACAUCUAAAAAAAAGAGCUGUAUUUAUUGCCGCAUAUGUUAUAAAAUAGAACUAGUUUCAGGUGAGUUUGUAGCUCUUUGCUAUUUGUGCAUAAGUUCUUUGCAUCUAUUGUCAAGAUAUGAAACGCUAGCCUGGGUAUUAAU